UUGCAUGUUUGUUUUUAUACAUGUGUGUGAGUGUGUAAAUAUCUGUAAAUAUGAUGUCAGUCAGCAGCUGUGACAUCACAAUGAAAGAUUCUAGAUUCUGAUGAUGAUGGGUUCUGAGUACUGAGUUCUGGUUCUUUGCAAACAAACACCUGACACAAUCCAAAUGGACACACUGAACCUGACCUCAAAAAUGAGCCAACAAGAAAACACCUGCGCCGCUCACAGAGCUGCCAUGGAGAAAAGGAUGAAAGACAUGACAUCUACAGCGUUGAACCAACUUCGUCUGGAGAGAAAACUGUGUGACGUGGUGAUCAAAGUGGGCCACGCCGAGUUUGACGCCCACAAGGUCAUCCUCUGUAGCUGCAGCUUAUACUUUCGUACUCUCUUCACCGGUAUGUGGGCAACCCCUGAAAAGGUGGAGUUCACUAUCCCGGGAGUGUCGCCCCAGAUGAUGCAACACAUCAUCAACUACGCCUACACCCACUCUGUUCCCAUAACAGAGGACAACGUGGUGGACAUCCUGGCUGCUGCCGACCAGUUCAUUGUGCCAGGGAUGGUUCAGGCCUGCAGCUUCUUCCUGGAGGACCAGCUGUGUAUGAGGAAUUGCAUGGGCAUCUGGAAGAUGGUGGACUUCUACCACUGCCCUGAAUUCAGACACAGGGUUUUCCUCUACAUCCUGUACCACUUUGAGAGGAUCGUUGGCGUCUCGCAGGAGUUUCUGGAUCUAUCAGAGGAGCAGCUGGCUGCUGUGCUUGAGAGCGAUUACCUCAAUGUGAAACGAGAAAACGCAGCGUUCGAGGCCAUCCUCCGGUGGAUCAACCACUUGCCUGAGCAAAGACACAGAUGCAUCUCUGCGCUGUUGCCAAAGGUGCGCCUUGGCCUGUUGUCGGCUGACUACCUCCAGCACAACGUGAUGAACAACACUAUGAUAAAGAACAACAUCGAAUGUGAGCCUAUCAUCAAUGACGCAAUGACUAGGUUUAUGGUUUUUCAUGCUAGUGGAGGUCCGAAACACUGCUUCAGUAACCUGCUGAGCCGCCCCCGCCUCCCUGCUGCCAUUCUGGUGGCCACUGGAGGCAAAAAUGGCAGCACUGCAGCUGUCAAAAUUGAGGCAUACGAUGCCCGAGCAGACUGCUGGGUUACUCUGAACACCGACAUUUUACGCGCUCACCACGGUGCUGCCGUCAUAAGCCGCUACGUGUAUUUGGUUGGUGGCUGCGACCAAACCACUCACCUGGAUACGGUGCAAAAACUCGACCUCCUCACCUGCACGGAGCAUCCUGUGGCAUCCAUGAACUCCGCCCGCUGCUACGUCAGCGUUGCCGUGCACAACGGGUGCAUUUACGCCAUAGGAGGCUUCAACGGUGAAACCUACUUGAACACCGUGGAGUGCUACAAGCCUGAGACUAACCGGUGGACCAUGGUUGCACCAAUGCGCGCAAAGAGAUGUGGGGCUGGUGUCGCAACUUUGAAUGGAAAGGUGUACAUCUGUGGUGGUUUCAACGGACACCGCAGCAUCUCCACGGUUGAAUGCUACGAGCCAGAGAGCAACCAGUGGACCUCGAUCCCUCCCAUGAGAUGCUCCCGAAGCGGCCUGGGGGUCAUUGGCUACAGAGACAGAAUCUAUGCAGUUGGCGGCGUUAUUGCCAGGAACCUCCACCUACGCAGUGCUGAGGCUUACAACCCCAGCACCAACAGGUGGACCAGUGUGCCAUCCAUGCACAUUCCACGCAGCUACUUUGGCAUUGAGGUGGUGGACGACCAGGUGUUUGUGGUCGGAGGACACGAUGGCUCCAGCGUCCUGUCAUCUGUUGAGCGCUACGACGAGGAGGCCGGGAUGUGGUACAGGGCCUCGAAUGUUGAGAUUUCUCGUAGCAACCUGAGCUGCUGUGUACUGCACGGACUCUACGGCCUGGCCCAGGGCUUGUUCCCCCGUGGUCCCCUGAAGGUCCCCAGUGAAGAGGAGGCUGCAGGUGGAUCCAACUGAGCUUCAGCCCGUCCUGACACAUCGUCCAUCGUUACAUUUUAAAUUAUAGUAAUAUUAAAAAAAUUGCAUGACAAAACAAGUGCUGUUAUUAUACAAUUAUUUAUUUUCAUGUUUUUAUUUAUUUAUUUUUUAUACAGUAGUUUGUGUUCCUACCACUAUCUCUGGUUAUAAUAUAACAUUUGACUUCACAGAUUGAAUAAAUAAAUGAAAGA